AUGUGGGGCCAGGGGCCGAACCUCCACGACCGCCAGCACGGGUUCAGGCCCGGAAAGUCCACGCUGGAUGCGAUCCAGUGCUUCCGGGACCUGGCCCGGGCGGUCGUGGAGGAGGAGGGCGGGGUGUUGCUGGCUGUGUCGUUAGACAUAACGAACGCUUUCAACACCCUGCCCUGGCUUCUGACCCCCAGGGUGCGCGGGGCAGGGCUGGCAGUAGCCAGUCUCCUGCGCAACCAUGGGGGUCCGGGAUGGAGGGCUCGCCGCCUAUACGUCAGCGCGGUCCUCUCGAUCGCCCUGUACGGGGCGCCAAUAUGGGCGACUCAGCUGCGGGCGUCCAGAGACGGGAUCGCCCGCAUGCGAGCCGCUCUGAGGCCCCUGUACAUAAGAGCGGUCAGAGGAUUCCGGACGCUGUCGUACAUGGCGGCGACCACCCUGGCCAGGUCUCCCCCCGUGGAGCUCAUAGCUGAAGAGCGAUCCAUCCUUUAUUGGAAGGUGAAAGGGCUCCGCGAGGCGGCGGAACUAUCGGCCAAGGACCUGCAGGGCCUGAAGUCCUAG